AUGAAUUCAGCACUGGGCCAGGCGGUCAGCAACCCAAAGUCGAGUGAUGUAACCGCUUCAUGCGCCAAAGGCAAAGAGGAAAAAAAGGGAAAAAAUCUAAUCAGAGGCUGGAAAAGGGAGAGGGAUACUUUCAGGACGAGGAAAGAGAAACAUUAUGGUCAAAGAAGUCCCAUUAUAAAUUCUAUACCUGACCAUUUGUGCACCCUCGGAAGCAAAGAGAAUCCGUGUCAUUGUGCAGGGGGCGGAAUGGAAGACAUUACCAAAAGCGGUUUGGAUUGUGGAAUAAAGGGCAGCGCUAUUGCUGUGAGGAAGAAUGACGACACUGGCACAACCGCAAAGAAACAGAGAACAGAAAAGGUAAGCUUAAUGCACGUUUUUAAAACAUGUAGGCUACCGAUCAUUAUCUUAUUAGCUUAAUUGUGGUGGAACAAUAUUUUAAUAUGAAAGGUAGGCUAACAGGAUUAUUUGGCAGAUGUUUUAUGCAUGAGUAAGGUAGAAGCCUAAUAGAGAUACAUUGCUAUCAUGGGAAUCCUUUAUGUGCUCAGAAUACACACAGCUGUUCAAGAAUGCAGUUCCAAGGGCCCUGGCCAGAACAUCCCCCCCCCCCCCCAAAAAAAAAAUAGGCUAAGAAUGAUAAACGAAUAUAUGUACAGUGAUGUGGCUACAAAGACACUACCACAUUUUUUAUUUACAAUAUAUUAUGUUAUUUACAAUAUGGACAAUGGUUUAAUAAUUCAUAUAAUGACAUGGUACCCUAAGCACACAAGCAAGCAUGCAAGCAGAGAGUUUUUGCAUAGCUGUGACAAAUGAAAGGCUAUAACCAGAUGUAAACCUGGGGAAUCAACAUAAUCUCAGACCCAUCAAUUGUAGCCUAACCCGAUUCGUUUGUUUUAUUAGCAUUUCCUCUAUUUUGUUUAAAAUAUAACUGAAACUCCACAGCAAAAGGAAGGGAAGUUUUGUCAGAUACUAAUUUCUUAUACUUAUCCUGUAAUUUAUGGUUAAUGUUAAUGCUAUUGGAGGCUAUUGCCCAGCAUUUAUUGUUCUCAGGGAACAGUCCCACGCUCCCCACAAUAAUUUUUACCUGAGUCUUUUAAUUUGAUUUAUCUUAAAUUGCUUAGUAGGGACAACACGAAGUCCCAACCUGCAUAGGCAGUUGUUGUUUUUUAUACUGAUUUAAUCUCAUUUGUUACAAGAGAGGACACCUGUCUUUCUUCAUGACAGAUGCCAUCAGUAAUCCGUGUUUUUCACUCAGCAGCAGGGGAAGUGGAGUGUGUGAACGGUAGCCAUCUUUUCUCCUUGCUCUUGGCUAUCAGCUCCUCACCGUGCUGCAUAUUAAAAUCACACAUAGCCUGUAACAAUGAACGCUUGUGUUGCUUUUAUGGUUACAAGACAAGGCAUCCGUGAGGAAGAGAAGCCCUAUGUUUUGACUUAUCAUUGUGGUCAAUGUUUGAGACUUUUGUUGAGUGAUUCUGUCUGAGGGAGGGAGGGUACAGGACUGUGGCAUUGCAUCUUGCAAUCAAAGCAGGGGAGCAUGCAUCAUUCUUUGUUUUUGUCCAUUUAUAGGUAUCUGAUCAGACACAAACAACCCUGUAGGAAUGAUUUCUCUUUCAAAAGAUGUUAUAUGCAUACAUUAACAUAACACAUUUUCACAAACAUGUUCAUCCCUGCAUACAUUUUAGUCAUUUAGCAGAUGCUCUUAUCCAGAGUGACUUACAGUUAGUUAGUGCAUCAUUUUUUUUUUCAUACUGGCCCCCCGUGGGAAUCGAACCCACAACCCUGGCGUUGCAAACGCCAUGCUCUACCAACUGAGCUACACGGGGCUAUACAUACAAACCUAAAUAGCAAAAAGGCAUGAAUGACAAUUUCUUUGCAGUUACAACACAGAGCAAUAGUAUUGCUUGUGCUUUCUUAUUUGUUUUUCAGGUCAUGCAAAAAUGUUAUUUUCACAGAAUAUUUCACUAAACUGCUGAAAUGUGUACAACACUGUUAUUCAAAGAUACAUACAUAUUGUUUAGAGGAUUAAUUGUCAAUAGCUGCUCGUAUUUUAUGGAAUUACCAAUAGGCUUUGAAAAACAACACUUUCCUUUGUUUAUUACCAUCCCUAUGAUGAAAAUAGACAUGAGAUUAUUUAUGAAUUGAAGGCCAGGUUGCUUAAAGGCCCAGUGCAGUCAAAAUUCAGUUUUUCCUGUGUUUAGUAUCAUAUUGUACAACAGCUGAUUAAUCUAACACUGUAAAGUGUGAAAAAAUGUGAUCAGUGUUAUUUCCUGAUAGUUGCUGGUUGAAAAUACAAUCUAUACAGGACCUUCUAAUCAGCCUGUUUGCAUGGGUGGGAGUUUCGGCUUGCCUGGUGACAUCACAUAUAACAAAGAGAGUUCUAAAGCUCUCUCCCAAUAACAGCUAGUUUUAAGUUUUCCCCUCCCCACUCAAACCACUCCAAGACAGUCCUAGUAAAAUUCUUGCUUGAAAAAUAGUUUUUUGCAAAAAAGCUAUAUUUUAUUUAUUUAUGGAAAACUAUUACAGUAAGGUACUUAACUGUUACCAAUAAAUGAUUUGAUAUUGAUAUAAAAACGGCUGCAUUGGGCCUUUAAGUUGAAAAGUCAGAGGUUAUAUUUUACUCCUCCUCCUCCUUCCCAUAGGUGGAUUCAAUGUUCACAGUGCCUGCACCCCCGCCACCCGGCCCUCAAAGCCCAAUGUCCAAUGCCCCCUUCUCUUCACCCAUCGCAAAGCAGCUUCUGGUGAGGACCAGAUCUAUAGGAACCAACACCCAAGAUGGAGGGCCAGAUACCGAUUCAUGUCACCCUGGCCCUUGUCAGCCAGGAACCAGUGUCAACCUGGAGGGCAUUGUGUGGCAUGAGACUGAGGAAGGUGAGGAUUCCAUUCCUCCAGCUCUCCUACAAUUUCAGCAUUCCACCAUAUGGUUCAGCAUGUACAUGAUUGACCAUGAAUGAAAGGCUGUACAGUCGUUUAUAUCAGUGGGCAUAAGACAGUUUAUUCAGCUGUAGUAUUAUUAACGGUAAGCCAGUAUGAAUAAAUAUGAUCUGAUCAAACGUAGGCCUUAGGCAUGCAGAGAUGUAAACAUAACAGUAUUCACAGCAGCCCAAAACUAAGAGGCUUGAUUUAAUCUACGUUACUGAAGAAAGCAACAUUGCUGGCUCACUUGAGGACUAGAGUGUCACUUAUAAAACUGAAUUUUGCCUUUGCACACAAAGUGAUUUGUGAGCUAGAAGAUGCUUUUGUAUUCAAGGCUGGUUUUAGUUAAAGGAUCUCUGCUGAUGUAAUAGUGUAACAGACCAUGAGAGAAUUCAUCAGAUGUGUGUUCUGUUUUUAAGAGGCCUAGUAUUCCUGUAAAACUCGGAUUUGAAGAGAAAGGCUUUUGCCGUCUUAUUAGGAAGCUAUGCCAUGGGACCGCCCUAGUAAGACACCUUAGCGUUCGAGGGCUGCAGAGACGCCAAGUGCAUAUUGAUUAGGCAAAUGCUAAUUGCAGACCACCAUCUUAAUAUCCCCGACUGAGAGCUAAAUUUUGAUGAAUGCAUAUCAAAAUGCAAUUGAGGGGUUUGAUUUUAUUUUCAGGAAUGUUGGUAAAUUUAUAUUAAUUGAAAAACACAUCUUGUGAAAGAGAGAGCUAUUUUGUUUAUCUUACCAUGACAUGGGCUAGUGAAAAGACAGACAUUAUUUUGUUUUAAAUACUGUAUAUUGCAAUGUCAUUUUAUUUUAGAGACAAAUAAUAUAUAUCCACCCCAAACAACAGAACUCCAAUAGAAAAAGUAUCCCGAUUGGGUUUUAGACAGUUACAUGUAAUAAAGUAUCAAUCCAUAAAUAUAUACAUAUUUGUUUGAUUUUGUUUCAACUAUAUUGUGCAAAUAUAACAGGCGAUUUAGUGUAUCCAGAGGAUGAACAGUGUAUACAAUGUGUGCUUUCUUUUUGGACAUUUAAGCAACUUUUGGAAAAAUUGUAUGGGGGUUUUACAGGUUUUUUUCAUUAGGAUAAAUCAAGGGAAGCUUUUUGAAUUUUAUUAUAUACAUUUUAGGGAAGGAUUUAAGGAAGAAUUAGGACAUUGAAAGUCUUUCGCAAUUAAGUUGCCGAUCAAGGAUGGAUGGAUUAUUAUUGUCUGAGUUACACAGCCCUCCAGGGGUUAGCCUGAAUGAAUAAAAUAAGAUUACAUUCCUAAGUGUGGAAAAAAUAUUUAGAGAAACCUAACUUAUGACUGAACAGACAAAUAUAAUGGAAAUGAUUCACAAAAUGACUCACUUUUGCGGCAGCUGCGAAAACCAUAUGGAGCGUUCCAUCCACCUGGACAAUGGAUAUAGCGCAUCUUUGGGAAACAACGAGUGUGCUGGAUAUCACGUUUGGCAAUAAAACACAUUUUAAAGCACACCUAAACUAAAUAUUUGAAAAGUUUGAUAACGGCCAUAAUUCAUACACAUAGAAAGGGACCCAUGAGCAUUCAUUUCAGACAAAAAAAUGUAAAUGUGAAAAAUGGGCAUUUAUCAUGUUUUGGAAAUAAACACUUCAAUUGCAGAGCUCAUUAAAAUUGUCACAGCAACAAAGACAUUUUGGUUAGCAGUUCACAGAUUUUAGUGUUUACUUUCAAGAAAAUGAGACAGAAUCCAAAUUAAUUUAAAUGGCCAUUUGCCAAGGCAAGAUAAAGGUGUAAGAUGCUUUCAUACAAAAUCACUUCUAUAAAAGCAUUUGAAUAUAUUCGGCACAGUGAAAUAAUAAUGCACAAUAGCUAUUUAAUUCUUGAUUAUCUUGAUUCUCGACUCUUGGUUGUCUUGGAGAAAUCACAGAGGGCGAUUGGUUUUUAAAAUAUAGUUAAUUCUUCAUGUAGAAAAUACAAAACUACAUAAUUCAGCCUUGUUGGUGUUGUGGUAAGAACAAGGCUGUGUCCCACAUUGUACUCUAUUCCCUAUAUAGUGCACUACAUGUGCCCUGGUCAAAAAUAUUGCACCAUAUAGGGAAUAGGGUGCCAUUUGGGACGUAGACCAAGCCUCCAUAAAAGCCACAAAAAGAGGAUCCCAUCUAUCAGUCUGGAUGGAGGUGCAGUAGACAGCCAUCAUGGCUGUCUACUGCACCUCCAUCCAUGCCACAGUUCAAAGCACAUCAUUAGAACAUGUAUUUAAUGUAACAUGCUCCUUUUUUGUUGUUUGAAUUGUAGGUGUCCUUGUAGUCAACGUAACAUGGAGAAAAAGAACCUAUGUGGGGACUCUUUUGGACUGUACCAAGCAUGACUGGGCACCACCCAGGUAAUUCUGAUGGUAGACAGUAACUAUUCAUUAUUUGUAUAGUGUUGAAAAAUAGUAUAUGAGUAGCCUAUUUAUGUUUUAGCCUUGUCUGUUGCCAAGAAAGCUGUCAGUGACUGUAUUUCCUGCAUGUCAUUACCAUUGUAAGUAUUCAAUAAUGAGUAGUUACAGUGAGGGAAAAAAGUAUUUGAUCCCCUGCUGAUUUUGUACGUUUGCCCACUGACAAAGACAUGAUCAGUCUAUAAUUUUAAUGGUAGGAUUAUUUGAACAGUGAGAGACAGAAUAACAAGAAACAAAUCCAGAAAAACGCAUGUCAAAAAUGUUAUAAAUUGAUUUGCAUUUUAAUGAGGGAAAUAAGUAUUUGACCCCUCUGCAAAGCAUGACUUAGUACUUGAUGGCAAAACCCUUGUUGGCAAUCACAGUGGUCAGAUGUUUUUUGUAGUUGGCCACCAGGUUUGCACACAUCUCAGGAGGGAUUUUGUCCCACUCCUCUUUGCAGAUCUUCUCCAAGUCAUUAAGGUUUUGAGGCUGACAUUUGGCAACUCGAACCUUCAGCUCCCUCCACAGAUUUUCUAUGGGAUUAAGGUCUGGAGACUGGCUAGGCCACUCCAGGACCUUAAUGUGCUUCUUCUUGAGCCACUCCUUUGUUGCCUUGGCCGUGUGUUUUGGGUCAUUGUCAUGCUGGAAUACCCAUCCACGACCCAUUUUCAAUGCCCUGGCUGAGGGAAGGAGGUUCUCACCCAAGAUUUUAUGGUACAUGGCCCCGUCCAUCGUCCCUUUGAUGCGGUGAAGUUGUCCUGUCCCCUUAGCAGAAAAACACCCCCAAAGCAUAAUGUUUCUACCUCCAUGUUUGACGGUGUGGAUGGUGUUCUUGGGGUCAUAGGCAGCAUUCCUCCUCCUCCAAACACGGCGAGUUGAGUUGAUGCCAAAGAGCUCGAUUUUGGUCUCAUCUGACCACAACACUUUCACCCAGUUCUCCUCUGAAUCAUUCAGAUGUUCAUUGGCAAACUUCAGACGGGCCUGUAUAUGUGAUUUCCUGAGCAGGGGGACCUUGCGGGCGCUGCAGGAUUUCAGUCCUUCACGGCGUAGUGUGUUACCAAUUGUUUUCUUGGUGACUAUGGUCCCAGCUGCCUUGAGAUCAUUGACAAGAUCCUCCCGUGUAGUUCUAGGCUGAUUCCUCACCGUUCUCAUGAUCAUUGCAACUUCACGAGGUGAGAUCUUGCAUGGAGCCCCAGGCCGAGGGAGAUUGACAGUUAUUUUGUGUUUCUUCCAUUUGCGAAUAAUCGCAUCAACUGUUGUCACCUUCUCACCAAGCUGCUUGGCAAUGGUCUUGUAGCCCAUUCCAGCCUUGUGUAGGUCUAUAAUCUUGUCCCUGACAUCCUUGGAGAGCUCUUUGGUCUUGGCCAUGGUGGAGAGUUUGGAAUCUGAUUGAUUGAUUGCGUCUGUGGACAGGUGUCUUUUAUACAGGUAACAAGCUGAGAUUAGGAGCACUCCCUUUAAGAGUGUGCUCCUAAUCUCAGCUCUUUACCUGUAUAAAAGACACCUGGGAGCCAGAAAUCUUUCUGAUUGAGAGGGGGUCAAAUACUUAUUUCCCUCAUUAAAAUGCAAAUCCAUUUAUAACAUUUUUGAAAUGCGUUUUUCUGGAUUGUUUUGUUGUUAUUCUGUCUCUCACUGUUCAAAUAAACCUACCAUUAAAAUUAUAGACUGAUCAUUUCUUUAUCAGUGGGCAAACGUACAAAAUCAGCAGGGGAUCAAAUACUUUUUUCCCUCACUGUAUAUUUUGAUAGAUUUUAUUUCCGUGUCAUACACCAAUUUUGUAUAGAUGUUUCUGUAUGAUUUACUAUAUAUAUAUUUUUUUUUCUUCUAGAUUUUGUGAGUCACCAUCCAGUGACUCUGAUCUGGCAGGUGGCCGUGGCCGUGGUAAAAGGAUGCGACUGGCCAUUCCGGAUCGACCCUGUGUUGAACCUGGGCUCGCCAAGGUCCGAGGGCUGCCACAUAAGAGCCGUGGCGGGGGCAUUCACAGCAAGAGCCGAAGAGGAAGCCUCAAUCUGAUCAAUAACUGCAGAACACCCCCCUUUUUCACAGUUGAGGAGAUCAAGCCAAACUCCAUCCCAUCUGGCAAGAGGAAAAACAAACCACCGGCUGAUCUGGAUUUGAGUUUAGUCGCAGAUGACAUGAAGAAUGGAAACGGGAAGAGGAUCCGUGCCAAGUCCCGGAGUGCUCCUUCCACGCCACAGGGAAAGUUGGAUCCUACCUUUAUGGAUCCGGCAUGCACCUCUCCCAUACUGAUAGACUGCCCCCAUCCGAACUGUAACAAGAAAUACAAGCAUAUCAAUGGGCUGCGGUACCACCAGACACAUGCACACUUAGAUGUGGACCGGAAGCCAGAGUUUGAGGCUGAGAGUGAGGACAGACUGUCUGACUGUGAGGAGUCCCUCAGUAACAUGACUUUCGACUGCUCCGAGAUUACCAAUAGCUCAUCAAAGAAGCCCAGCCCUCUAUAUAAGGUUUCUACAAUAGGGUCUCCAAAAAGCAGACGAUUAAUGUUCAAUAGUGACCAUAGUCCCAUGGCAAAUUCUAAAAUGAGGAGGAAUUCGUUGAUCAAAGAGGGACUCAUUGAUGACUUGAGUAACUUACCAAUCAUCUCGAACAUGACGGUGGUACUGGAAAAUUGCCUUGUUACUGAUAGGAACUCUUCUGUCGAGAUGCCUAAGCUUGAAGCCGAGGGUUUGAUCGAUAAGAAGGGAGUGUGUGAUAAAGGGAAAAAGGUUAAUGGGAAAGUUGAGAAGUGUUCAUCUAAAUCUAGGACCAACAGGCCUAUAGCUCCUGCUCCCCCGAAGCUGAUUGCAAUCCCCAACACUGUGUUCUCCACUAACACAACGGAGGCCAACACCCAGCAGUCCUCCCCAUCAGCAGCUGUUGGUGUCACCACAACAAAGAACCUCUCACUUAAACCCAUCAAGCCAAAGUUAAACAUCAUGAUAGAGCCAAGUCUGGUGAAAACCCUAGUCACUUGCAAGGAGACCAGGAACAAAGAGAAACGAAGAUUAAAAGACAAACACAAUAAAGACACAAGGACCUCUAAUGGCGAUAGCAUUCAGCUAAAGAUGGAGGAGGGAAAGGUGGUGGGAAAAGAAACUUCUGGAAGCCUUCUAAAAGAGCACUUGAGCAAACAAGAUGUCAUGAACAGUCUAACGGAGUCUCAAGAGAGUAGAAUGGCCAGCAUCAGAGCUGAGGCAGACAAAGUGUACACAUUCACUGACAACUCUCCUAGUCCUUCCAUAGGUAGCUCUUCAAGACUGGACUGUGGCUCCCUUGAAAGUGGAGAUGGCACCACCACCAAGACUAACAGCCCGGCAUACUCAGACAUAUCGGAUGCAGGUGAUGAUGGGGGUUCAGACUGCCGUUCAGACACAAGGUCCAAAAGUCCAAGGUCCAUCUCAGCCUCUGAGAUGAACUCAAACAACAAUCCCAAUCUAAAUCCAAAGACUCCUCCAGCUGCAUCUAUUCCUGCAGGGCCUGUCAAAGACCCCCAGUCUCCUUUUUACCACGGAUAUGACCCCUACUAUAUCCAGAAUUACAUGCAGACCGGCCAGUCAAACACAGCUGCUUUCCAUAAGACCUCCACCCCUCAAGACAGUAAAUGCAAAAAGGAAGACUCAAAGGAGGGCAACGAGGGGAGAAACACCCCGGAAUUCUUUGAUUCGAAGAAGACCGAUGUCAUCAACUCAAGUUCGCAGUCCCAGCUUCAGAUGGCUAUGACACAAACACACACAGCCCUAGCCCAGUCCUUGUACUAUGGCCAGUAUGCACGAGGUCUUUACAUGGAUCAGAAACUCUUAAUUGCAUCCAAGUGCUGUGAUCAGCAGCAAAUCACCAAGCAGAGAGGAGGUCAAGCAAACCGAGAACAAGACGAGAUGAAACACAUGAUAACCUCGACAGCUGUAUUAUCUAAGGGGACAGACUCUGUGAAAACGUGCUGUGCCAAACCUGGGCUCUCGUUUGCAGAAAUGGAUGAGCGACCACAGACUCUGACCACACAGCCACAAGGGAAGCCGAUGCUCGUCAAUAUGACGGAAAACCAGGGACUUGUCAAAGACAGUGAUGAAAUGAAAUCAUCCAUGAAUCCAAAUAAUCAGACAGAUCUGGACUCAAAUGUAUCAUUUUCAAAUGUAAGUUUUUCACUCUGUCUUUAGCUAUUUGGAUGUUAGUGUUUACGGCUGUUGUGAAGGUCAGAUUGUCAGAUUGUUGCAGUAUGUAAACUUUUAGUACUUUUGCCUAAUGUUUUCAAGAAGACAGAUUAGGAAGAUAUGUUUUAUUUUAUCGGUCACAUCUAAGAUGGCCAUACUACUAAAGGACGUACCCCAAUUUUAGAUGUAAAUGUAAACAUUUAACAUAAGUAGCUAAGUAAGGAACAUUUGAAAAGAAAAGUUGGUUUUGAUAUAAAUGUUGAAUUUGCAUUUGAUGGAUUGACUUGUCAAUUCAUAAACUGGGAUUACUGGUAUUCAAUUAAAUAUUAAGCAAAACCCAUCACAAACAACACUUUUCCUCAUCGAUUUAGCAUGCAGAAGUCCAAUCCUGGUCCCGCCCGAAUCAAUCCAAUAAUGUGGAGCAGCAAAGUGAAGAGCUUAGCCAGAGCUCAGAGGAGUUAAAUGCUGACAGGUCUAAGGAGUGGGAGAUGCCCUCUGAGCCAGUGACAAAGUUGGGAGUAGAGCUCAAAAAGGCCAUGAACCAGAACGCCACCACAUCAGACAUAGAGGACUGUGAUAGGCUAGAGGAGCAGCAGCCAAUAGGGCUCAUGUCUGAGGACUCACAGAGUGCCAGGGUGGCCGUAUCACCAGCGAUGAACCACCAACAACAACCCUACAUCCAGUACCAGCAUUCCUACCAAUACCUACAGAUGCGUGACCCCAGCAACAACUCUUACAGGGUCAAGUCACCCACCCUGGUGCAUAACUACCCACGUAAGUCUGUAUGGUUUGAGAAAUGAUGAAUACAAUGGGCAAUAGAAACUGAAAUCGAGUUGUUUACGUUUUCUUUUUGUUGCUUCAUCAUACUUUGUGUAUUCAAGAUUUAGAAUUAUAUCACGUGUUCAAGAUUCAUGCCAAGUUUGUGUCGUGUUAAAGAGAUCGCUAUUUGGCCCGACAUUGUGACUGACUGUUUUCUAAAUUGUGUUUUGUACUGUACAUGUUAGGUUUCCACUAUCCUCUCUAUGGGAAAACAGCAGGCAGAGAAGAGUCGGAUUUGACUCAGAACAGCCGUAGUGUGAGCAGUAAGCCAGCCAGUGAGUCUACUGCCCUUGAGCUUCUGCAGCACCACAAUCUGCCAUACCAUGGCAAAUCCCCUGCGGUGAGUGUCCAUCAAGUAUAGGCAGAAUUGAGGCUGAAAAUAUAAAGCAAAAGGGAAUCCAUGAAAUGAACAUGCAUCAGUUUAUGGCGGAAGAGAGAGGAAAUUGAAAUUAGCAUCUGUGAGAUACUAGCCCUAUUGCAAGUGUGAUCUGUGACAUGCUGUUGAAAUUUUGAUAUUAGUGUGCAACACAUAAUGUAUAUACAGUCCUACAAAGACAUAUAUUUGAGUAAGAAAUACCCCUUUUUGUCAAUAGACUGGUGAGAAAGGAUCCCUUGAAGGAGAGAGAGAGCCAGACCAGAAGAGGAACCAUGUUCCCUUUGCCAGGCACCUUCACACUCAUCAUCAUACACAUCUUGGUAUGAGCUACCCGCUCAUGUCUGGGCAGUACGAUCUUUUCCAAGGUAAACAAAAGUUUCCUGAAUUAUUGAAAUGUAACGUGAAAAUAUAUGUUUAUGUGAAAAUAUUAUAUAUUUCAUUUCUAAAAACAAAAAGUCAGUGAUUGAGAGGAAGGCAUGCUUAUUAUGUCCAUCAUAUCUUUACCUAUACUAAAGCACAACAGUUCAUUAGAUAUAGCUAGAUCUCUCAUCUCUCUUUUGAAGGGAUAAGCUCUAGAGCCCUGGUUUCCAGCCAGCAGGUGUUGGCACACUCAUCUUCAACUGGUAUGUCCUCUUGGUUGGCCAAUCCAUACCCUCUCUAUGACAGGCCUGUUGUUUGAUCCUUUUGUCAAAAGAGAAAAGGAUCAGUUCUGAAUAAUGACAUGAGGUCGAUUUAGCAAACUUUAUUCAAUUAUCUUUAUUGUGAGAGGUAGGUAUUGUAUAUGAAAUCAAAUAAGAUGUUCAUGAUCUCUGCUUCUACAGAUAAUGAAGGGAAGAAGUAAAACCAUGUGACUGGCUCACAUGAGGAUAAGAAGAUUUACAGGCAUCAAUUCCAUGGUGUUAUAUUCAUAGCCUCUAUGGGAGGCAGAGACCAAUUUCAUUUGCGAUUUAGUCAAUAUUUUAUAAGGGUCACAGAGUAGUGGUAUUGUAAUAUUGGUGGAGAUAUGUAUCAAGUAACAAGACUUUGAAGUAUUUUGCAUUUGGAUGCCUGUCUGAAAACACACGUGACAAAACCCAUAGUGUCAUAGAAUCAGACAUAAAUUGCAGUGCUACAAAGUUUAUAUGCACAUGUAUCGUAGUGUAAUCAUAUGGUUGAAUGUACUGAAAUGUAUAAAAUCCCGAUGUUUUUUCCAUUGGGAAACUGCAGUUGAAGUGCAAGAGUCUAUAAAGUGGUCCUCCCAGUAUUACUUAAUUACAUUUGCAUACUGACUGUAGCCACGUGUUGAUUGUAUUGUCUUGUGUGAGAGUAAAUCUUCACAUUUUACCAGUGCCAUAGAAUUGUGGUGUAUAUAUUCUGUAUAGUUACAUGGCAUAGUAUUAAAUGCUUAUUAUUUAUGUUGGUUUUAAUUUCAAUGCAUUGUAUUGUGAUUUACAUUACAGCACAUUACUUGCAUAGUUCCAGUGGUUGUUCUAUCACUUGAAUAGUGCUAUAAACUCUGUUUACAAGUAUUGACAUCUCUGGAGAAACUCUUCAAUGAAGUUGCAUGAUCAGUGUAAUUCACACAGUGUAUCAAGUUACUUUGGAAUCAAUUAAACAUUGAAACUGCUGUUGCUUUUUUUUUAUACUGUUUAUGCCUUAAUUAAUAUGUCUGGCAAUCAGAAUUAAAGGAAAGGGUG